AUGGGUGCGAGUCGGGAGGUCGGAGACGCCCCGAUGCUGUAUAGUAUCGCAACGACGGCAUCUGCUAAAGCAGCAUGUGUGGCUGGAAGAUAUGCACACGCAGUCUUGGUAUUUCCACAGGGCAUUGCAUUUGGGGACUCGAUGGACGACAGAGCUCUUUUGGUCCAGGGAGAAGCCGGCCAAGAUGCGGUAAGUUUUGUGGCAUCGCCGAACUCCAACUCCAGCAAGUCUGAUAGUAUGUGCAAGACAGUACACUUCUUGGCCAGGCGUGACGACAACAAACUGCAACUCCUCUCCCAGCAAGCGGGUUACGGUGCAGCUGUUUCAAGGCCUGCUGGGGUUGACCCCAGAUUGCAGGUGCACUGUAGCAAUCAAGUCACGCAAGCAUCUGCAGUGGUCUAG